CAUGAACCUCUCGCUCGCGCGUCCUUCCCCCAAACGUCAUCCGAUCCCAUGGCGACCCAACAGCAUCAGCCCGGGCUCCAACAGCGAUCUGUCGUCUCCGCCUUCAUCUUCUCCUUUCCCAAUGAUUCGAAGCCACUGGUCGCCCUGUUCCGGCGCAGUGACAAAGUGAGAACGUAUCGCAAUCAUCUUGCCGCCAUCUCAGGCAGCAUCGAAGCCGGUGAGACGCCGCUGGCCACCGCGUGGCGCGAACUCUCCGAAGAGACCUCUUUGACUACACGCGACCUGGACCUGUGGCGGCAGGGAAAUCCGUUUUCUUUCAGUGACCCAUCUGUUGGGCGGCGAUGGACCAUCCACCCAUUUUCAUUUCGUCUCAAAGGCUCCGCUGAAGGGGGUCGGGGGGAAGAGGCCAUCCACAUUGACUGGGAGCAUGAAGGAUGGGAGUGGCACGAUCCUGCGACGGUAGCAGAUGACGACCAAUUUGGCGGCGUGCCGCAUUUGCGCGAGAGCCUGCGACGCGUUUGGUUCGAGGGCGAUGUGUCUGAAAGCGCCAGCAAAACACUCAACGCUGGCCUGCACCAAUUGAGGACAGACCGUCAGAGCGGAUCCCACGAGUUGACUUCCAUUGCACUCCGGAUCUUCCGGGAUGUACUGGCGCAGCUGGACGGUGAGAGCGAAGACCAGUGGUGGGUAACUGUGCGCAUGGUGGCGUGGCAUCUCUGGAAGAACGGCCGGGAGAGCAUGGGUGCAGCGACUAUGAAUGCAUUGUUGGGGGUUUUGGCCGAUAUUGAGCAUGUCCUGGAUCAGGAUCUCCAUCCGGAACUUUUGCAAGAUCGACUACUUACUACAGUCGACCACCACAUAGAGCAGCGCAAGGCGAUGCCUACACGCAUCCAGCAGUCCUUUACGGCUUAUCUUCGCGACCACUUCAUGUCCGAGCCCCAGCAGGUACUGUCCAUUCUCACGCUCUCCGCAAGUUCGACCAUUCGAGAUAGUAUUGUCGAUGCCUAUUCCUCGUUUCCUAUUACUACCCUAGAUCUACGAAUCCUGGAAUCACGACCGCUUUACGAGGGCGUCAGCAUGGCCGCAGCCCUUGCUGCCAAAUUCCAGUCCAAAUUUCCACCACCGGGGGACCGAGCGCUUAAAUUGACGGUUUACACUGACGCAUCUGCCGCUCUCGCAUCCCAGAAUGUCGACUUUGUGUUGCUAGGCGCAGACCGAAUUUCUGACUCCGGAUGGAUCAGCAACAAGACCGGGUCUUUGCCGGCGGUGCUCAGCGCGAAGCACGUCUCGCCCAAUGCCAAAGUGCUUAUUUUCAGUGAAUUGGAAAAGGUGGCUGAGCCCAGCGCGGGGGACGAGCAUCGCUCGGAGGAGGGCGACCCCCAUGAGGUAAUUCGUUCCUGGAUCACUGGGAGCACCAAGGGCGCGGAGAUAUUCGAAGGAGAGGCCCAACAUUGUGUGCAAAACACCUCUUUCGAGUGGGUGCCCGCACCUCUGAUCGAUGGCUAUAUUAGCGAAAAGGGGACUCUAGACGUAGCAGCCAUCCAAAGACAGGCACAGCAGGUGAAGCAAAAGGCCGAUCGGUAUUUUGGCGGUUGA